CAUGUCAGGGAAAAGACGAAAGCAAAGCACAGCGUCUACUAUUAGUGUGUGUUUUGUGUACUUUGCGUAGUGCAUUUUAUUUCUCAAGUGUUAUAAUUCGUGUUAAUCGAUGAUGGAACUUCCCCAGCCUCCUCCAGAUCAGGAACUUAAAAACAUUAUAGACAAACUUGCACAGUUUGUGGCUCGCAAUGGACCUGAGUUUGAGCAGAUGACCAAGACUAAACAGAAAGAAAAUCCAAAGUUUAGCUUUCUGUUUGGUGGAGAAUACUUUAACUAUUACCAAUACAAAGUUACAACAGAACAAGCAAUGCUGGUGAUUUUUCAUUCUACUGAAGGAAAAGUACUGAAGCAUCGUCAAGCCCGGGAACAGCAACAGCAGCAGCAGCCUCCCCAGCCACAGCAGCCACAGCAGCCAGCCUUGCACCAGGUUCCCCCUCCACCUCAGGCACCAUUUUCCGGUGGAGGUGCUCCCGCCCCUUUCCCAGGCCCAAACUACCCUCCUGCCUAUGGCUAUCCUCCAACCUCAGCAUACCCUGGUGGUGAUGUGCCGCCGUUCCCUCAGGGAGCGGUCCCCCCGGCUGGCUUUACUCCGGGACAGUAUGUUCCUCCGCCUCCCUCCAGUGAACCACCCACCGCCUUCCCACCUGUAACUACCACCUUCCCCCCAGGAGAUCCAAGCUAUGCAACCUCCACAUCAUAUGCCCCAACCACCACAUCUGAGCCCUUGUUCUCACACACUCCUCAGUCAUUUCCUCCACCUCCUCCUGGGGAUGCUACCUACACUGCCCCACAGGCGGGUGAGCCUGGAGCAUUUACCAACAAUGCUCCAGGGUAUGUGCAGCAGCCACCACCACCUCCACCUCCAACGGUGAAUGUUGACACCUUAGCCAAUCAACAGCAACAGCUACAGGAGCAGAUACACCAAAGUGAACAGAACCUGGCUGCACAACAACAAGUCCUGGAGCAGCAGAAAGAUGGCCAAGUCAGGGAGGGCAUAUAUGUGGCCAGAGGAGAAGUUUUGCGCAACGAGGCGGUCGAUCUGGGUUUUUCGACACAUGAGCUGGAUGAACUUUUGGGGCCCAUUGUUGAGUCGUGCACCAAAGACUCAAUCUCCAAUGGCAAGCACUGGAUCUUCACCAAUGCGCAGUCACCCACCAAGAAUCACUGGAUUGCACGAUAUCUACUCUGGAAAGCAACAGCCAACAGUGGUCCAUUUACUCACAAACUUCACAUCAUUUACUUGAUGAAUGAUGUCUUGCAUCACUGCUUGAGGGAGAAAAAGUUGCAGAAGGAGCCAGUGCAGCUCAUUGUAAGGAAAAAUGCGGAUGAUCUUAAGGAGGCACUUGAAAAGGUUUUAGCCCCCAUGUUCUGCAAUGCAAUGACAGUAGCCUCCGACGACCAGAAAUCCAAACUUGACAAGCUACUGUCGCUAUGGGAAUCCAAGAUCAACCUAGAAGAUGUUGUUCUAUUACAACUGAAAAAUCCAGUGGAAUCAUGGGGAGCAUUUGAGAAGGGAUUGAUUGACGAGUUCCCACAAGUAGUUGCAACUAUCAACCAACAUAUAGAUGCUACCUUUGAAGGGUAUAAACAGCAGCAUAAUGCAUUUGUCCAGCAUGCAACAGGACAGAUUCAGGCUAUUGAACAACAGAAACAGCAACUAGAACAACAGGCAGCAGCAGCUGCAGCAGCCGCAGCAGCAGCAGCAGCGGCAGCGGCGGCGGCAGCAGCGGCAGCAGCAGUAGCUGCCCCCGAAGCCUCUAGUAGUGAAGUGUUUUCCUCUUUUUUUUCUCCUCUCUCUCAACAGCUCAAGGGGGUGGCUACGCUAGUGCCCCUCCCCCUCAGCCACAGUUUCCUCCCCCUGCCCCGCCCAUGCCCUCUGCGCUGGACUUCAAUCAGCCUCCGCCAGGGCUUUCCUCCCGGUUUGCCGCUUGUCGACUUCAGCAAACCUCCCCCAGGAUUUCCUGUUGAAGAGCAGAAGGAAAAUUUGGUCCCCACUGUGCCAUAUUAUGAGCUGCCAGCUGGGCUUAUGGCCCCUCUGGUCAAGAUCGAAGACCACAAGUAUCGGCCACUCGAUCCUAAUGACCUGAGGCUCCCUCCACCCACACCACCCAGUGAGAGGUUGCUGAGAGCGGUAGAGAAUUUUUAUGCUCCACCUUCACAUGAAAAGCCACGAAACAGUGAGGGUUGGGAGCAGCUAGGUUUGUAUGACUACUACAAAGAAAAGAGUCAGUCAGUGAAGCGGAAAGAGACAGAGAUUAAUGAUGGAGUCCGGGAACGGUCUCGCUCCCCCUCUCCUGUCGUCAUUGAGCCACCACCAGAGGAAGAUGAGAAGCCAUCUGAUCAGCCAAUCAGGAGAUACAGAUCUGUGAGUCCAGAGAAGGUUGAGGAGAAAGUCAAGUCAUCCUCCCGAUCUCGCUCGAGCAGCAAGAGCCCAUCCCGACCAAGCAUGAACAAGCAGCGCUCCAUAUCCAGGUCACGGUCAAGAACUCCACCAAGAUCAAGACACAGGUCGCGGUCAAAGUCACCUCGUAGGUCCAACUCAGACUCCAGGUCACCCAGAAGAAACAGUAGGUCAAGGUCAAGAUCCAGGUCGAAAUCACCAAGGUCGCCUGUGAGAAUUCCAUUUAAACGAUCCGUCUCAAGAAGUCCAAGCCCCCCGUCAUUUAUGACGGGAUCAUUCCCCAAAAUGGACCAGAGGCUAGAUGAGAGCAACAAGGGCCACCAGAUGCUAAAGAAGAUGGGUUGGGGUGGCUCAGGUCUCGGGGUCAAGGAGCAGGGCAUCAGCGUUCCUGUGUCGGCCGCAGAAGUGCGAGAUUCCCCACAAGAGAGAUUCCGUGGCUUAGGGGUGCCUAGUGCCCAGAGCGACCCUUAUGAAGCGUUUAGGAAGAAUAAAGGACAGGCAUUUAUUAAUCGGAUGAAGGCAAGAGCCGAGGAAAAGUUUUAGAGAAUGUUAUUUUUUUUUUCUUUUUCUUUUUUUCUUUUUUUUUUGUGUGUGUGUGUACAUACAUAUAUGUGAUAAUAAAGAGAUUUGUCACAGAAUAUUUAUACCAAUUUGAAUAUUGUAAAGAAUUGAGAGUGAGGGCAGUAGUCUGAAUGAAAAGAAUGAUGAGGGACUUUGACAGAUCUACAGGAAUAGUGAGUUAUUAUAGGUUCUUUGAAAGUGAAUAUUGUUUCUGUUAUUUCCAUUUGAAAUGCGCACAGUAAGGAAAACUUAACGUUGUCAGGUAGUGAAUUAUUCACAAAGAAGUAGAUUAUUAAACAUUCAGAAAUGAUAUUAACACUUCAUCAGUGUCUUUAGAUCCAAACAAGUUAGGCCUAUUGAAGAAAAUCAUAAUCUUUAUUUUUUGUUUGUUCUUGAUUAUCAUAAAUUAAGUUCAGCUUUUGAUUAGGUAGAGUAAUAGGCAAUUGUAGAAUAUGGUCAUAACAGCUUGUUCUUCAGAUAUUGAACACGUGAUGGAAUUUUACUGGACAAUUGCUGCAGAUAACCUAUAUUCUUUAAGCAUAUUCUUUGCUCUGUUAAUUACAAGACUUAUGUAGAUCAGUCAUUGUUCUGGUGAAAUAAAAGUAAUUGCUGUCGA